GAAGAAAAAAGUGACUAAAAAAUCCUAUCAAAUAAAUACACAUUGAACAUUGAAGGUGGGGAUAUCAAAGAAAUUAAGAAAUAUUUCAUAUGCAUUGGAAAAUCAAUAAAAAGGAGAAGAAAAUGAUCAGUUUCAAUUGAAACAUCAGAUUCAGUGCCAUUAAAGCCAAACAAUAACAAGCUCAUGGUGAAGCUCAAGAUCUCCAAGAAAAGCUACGGCGGCUCCGGCGGCGGAGGAGGAGGAGGAGGAGGAGACGGUGGUGGUCAACAUGUUUGUCCUGUUUGCAGCAAAGGGUUUACGUCAGGUAAGGCGUUGGGAGGUCAUGUAAGGAUCCAUAUGAAAGCUAACAAGAAUGGUGGCCGUUAUAAGAAGAUAUCAAAGCGUCAGCCAAGGAACAACAAUAAUAAUAACAUCCGUAAGAAGAUUCCGAUCAUGGCGGCGGUAGCGGCGGCGGAAACUCCGCAUGAAAGCCAUGGAAGCGAAGAGAAAGUGAGCUGCUGUAUUUGCAAGAAGGAUUUCAAGUCAUUGAAAUCCUUGUUCGGUCACAUGAGGAAUCACCCUGAGAGAAACUGGAGAGGGAUAAGGCCCCCACCUUCCGACAAGAACAGCUGUUGUUCGAGUGUGUCGGAGAACGACGAAGCCGUCGUGGUUGAUCAGAUCAAAGGCUCCGCUUCCGAUCUGUUGAAAUCCCUCCCCAAAUGGACCACCACCACUAAACGGUUCGAGAAAUCAACUCGUUCCGAUCACGCCAACAAUGCCGAUGCCGAUACCGACACCGACACCGAGGAUGAGAUAACUGAAGCUGCUUAUUGUCUUAUGAAGCUAUCUAGAGGUAAUUCAUUUGAAUUAGAUAAUACAAAAAUUCACAAGACACCAUUGAAGACAAGCUUCUACACUAAAAACCCUAAAACAACUCCAUUGAAAGAAGAGGCAAAACAAUACUACACCAAGAACAACAAGACACAGCAGCUAGAUUUUGAUUUGAAUGAACCUUAUAUUGGAGAAGAUUCAGAUGAUUCAGAUAGUGAGGUUUGAUUAUCAAUUUACCAAAUUUCUGGGUUUCAGCUACCAUUUGCUUAUACAUAUACAUAUAUAUAUAUGUAUGUAUGUAUGUAUGUAUGUAUGGUUUCUUAGUUUCUAUCUAUCCUUUUAGGGUUUAAACUUGUGCCUGAAAACCCUUGUUGUUUUUUGCAUAAAAUAUAAAUGGCUGUCAACUAGUUUGUCGUGUUUGCCAUUUGACAUUAUAGUUUAUGUCUUUUUCAUGUUGCCCUAGAACUGAAUUUUAAGUAUGUUUGCUGGUUCAAUACAA